AUGACCUUGUUUAGCUUCGCAGGUCGGGUGUGGGAUCGCGUGGAGAAGACGUGCCGCCACCUGCCCAUCGUUCUGAACACCGUUCUCGUGUUCUCCAUCACCGCGGAGGUGAGCUACCUGGUUCUGGUCGAGGCCCCGCUCCAAUCGGACCAGAAGAAGACCCAUUGGUCUACAGUGUGGAAGACUCUGCACCUCUUCGCGCAGUACUUCAUGUUGGGCAACAUCACAUGGAACGCGUCGCUGUUUCUGAAAACCAGCCCCAGCAUUCAAGGAGUGUUCCUGGGCUCAGAAGGCAUGGCGCAAGGCUGGAGGUAAUCUAAACAGACAUAAUGGUUCAUCAUUAGGUUCAUCUAAACAGACAUAAUGGUUCAUCAUCAAACAAAUUGUUAAGACUGGUUGAAUCACAUCAAUGUGUGUUGAGACUAUGCAAUGAUGACCGGAGGUACUUCCUCAUAAAUAGGCUGCCGGUAUUCAGAUAAUGUUAUGGGGGCAGAGAUUGUUCUCAUUAUUCAAAUAUUAUUUCCCCAGUGUUUAUGACGUUGUUAUACCAGCAGUUAUUACACUGUAACACACCUCUAUUCUACCUACAGGUACUGCUACACAUGUGAGACCCACACUCCCCCACGGUGCUCCCACUGCUAUGACUGUAAAGUGUGUGUUCUGAGACGAGACCACCACUGUGUGUUCUUCGGCCAGUGUGUGGGCUUCCGGAACUACCGCUACUUCAUCAGCUGUCUGCUGUUCAUGUGGACGGGGCUGCUGUACGCUGUAGUGAUGAACGCUGAGGUGUUCAUCAUCAUCCUGAAGGAAGGAGUCACGCUGCACAGUAUCCUGCUACUACUCAUGCCCUGGAUCAUGCUCGUCUCUGGUUAGACUGGGAGGGAGGGAGGGAGGGAGAGAGGGGGAGGGUGUGUGAGAGAGGGAGAGAGAGCCAAGCGAGUGAGAGGUGUGUAUGUGUGAGAGAUGUGUAUGUGAGCGAGAGAGAGAGAGAGAGAGAGAGAGAGAGAGAGAAAGAAAGGGAAUGUGUAUGUGUAUGUGUGUGUGAAAUACAGAGAGAGGUGUGUUUGUGUGUGAGCGUUGUACUAUUCUCUGACCCUCUCUCGCCUCUCCUCCAGGUCAGGUGACAGCGCGGGCCUUUGCCUUUGCCUUCAUCGCAGACACCUGUGUGUUGGGCUUCCUGCUGGUGGCAGCCUUCCUCUUCUUCCACCUCUUCCUCCUCCUGCGAGGCCAGACCACCAGGGAGUGGUACGCCAUCCGCAGACCCUACAACCUGGGUGUACUGGGCAACCUACGGCACGGCCUGGGUACCCACUGGUACGUCUGCUGGCUCUGCCCACUCAUCCCCUCCCCACUGCCUGGGGACGGCAUCCACUUCCAGGUCACAGGGUCGUUGGAGCCGGAGCCCAACCGGUCA